AUGUACUCAUGCAGUAGCCUCCUGUUCCAGACACAUCCUCACUGGGGAGAGGGUUGCUGUCAAAGUCCUGGAGAAAGACCGCAUCCAGGAGGCUGGCGACUCACAGAACUUCCUUGCAGAGGGCCCUGCAAAAACAUAUUGCGUUGCCCUGCACAGGUGGCUGAUAUCGAGCGCGUGGCUCGCGAAGUUCAACUUCUAAAACUGAUCAGGCAUCCACAUGUCGUGCAGCUUUUCGAGAUUAUCGAGACUCGCGGACAGCUAUACUUGAUCAUGGAGUACGCAUCUGGCGGAGAGCUCUUUGACUACAUCGUCCAGAAUCAACGAGUCCCUGAACCAGAGGCUUGUCGCUUCUUCCACCAGAUCAUCGCUGGUGUCGAGCAGAUCCACGCGAUGAACGUCGUACAUCGCGACCUGAAGCCGGAGAAUCUCCUCCUCGACGAGCACAAGUGCAUAAAGAUUGUGGACUUCGGGCUGAGUAAUCGCUUCGACGACAACCAGCUUCUGAAGACGGCCUGCGGUUCUCCCUGCUACGCACCACCUGAAAUGGUGUCAGGGCAGAGCUACGUGCCACAGAUGUGCGAUUUGUGGAGUUGUGGCGUCAUCCUCUUUGCUAUGGUGUGUGGCUUCCUCCCAUUUGAGGAUUCCAACACGUCCGCACUCUACAAGAAGAUCCUAGCCGCCAACUACACGCCACCAUCGUUCAUCACAGAUUCCGUCAAGGACCUCAUUGCUGGACUUCUCACUGUGGAUCCUGCCAAGCGCUUCACCAUUGCUGAUGUGCGGGCCCACGAAUGGUACCGCCAGAUUCCUGAGGCCUCUGUUCGGCCACGUGAUCUCGUCUCAGGACAAUGUGGCCUCGAGGAGGAUGUACUCCAGGAGCUGAAAUGCCAUGGCUUUCCUCAAGAGUAUGCCACGAAUUGCCUGCUUAACAACAAGCACAACAGCGUUACUACAACGUAUUAUCUUCUGGCAUCAAAGCGCCGCAGGAUGGCUGAGCACCUGCAGAUUCGGGAGUCCGAACGUGCUCGUGAGGAGCGUGCACGAUCUCCGGCCCCAGUGCCAGGCGCCUCCGCCAUGGACGACAGGCCCGCAGCUGAGCCUGAGCCCCUGCGAGAAAACAGCCCAGGGCCAGAAAGCAAGGUUCAGGAAAGGGCAGAUGUCCGUGCAGAGGCUGCAGCGAUCCUUCGUGAGGCCACCCCUGAGCGUAAGGAGACAGCGACAACAGCUGUGUCGCCGCCUUCGUCAAGGGCGAGUGUUGCAAGGCCUGGCUCAGCGUGA